AUGACGGCGACCGCCCACCAUCACCCACCUGACGCACUGCCCGAGUCCCAUCAUCAGCCGGCCAGCACAUCCAAAACCAGCCCAGUGGCCACCAUUACCACAUCCAACAACCACCACAUCCAACAGCUUCGGCGCCGAGCAUCGAUCAUCCUUGUCGUCAAGGGUACGUCUUCCUCCCCCUCCAACAUAUACACCGACCUCUUCGUAUGUUUCCCAUGUCCCGUCACUCAAACGACAACGGGCGACGAGCGCCCAUCACCAACACCAGCACCAACUAACAUAAUCCCCAGUAACCGUCCUUGCCCCCUCUGCCGCUCACUCAUCUCCCUUUCUCCAACCGAUGCAAAUUGUAUGCAGAAACUGAUCCCAGAUGUCGUCAUGCUUCAUUGA